AUGAAGGCAGUCCAAGUCAUGGGAGAUGCCUUGUCUCCCCACAUAUCAUGCAACAAUGACUUACCCCAGCCAACACCCCGAGCUGCCGAAAUGCUCAUCCAAGUCCAUGCAGCCGGAAUCACUGGCGACGAAGUCACUUGGCCCGAGCUAUAUCGCACCCCUAGCCGCAUACCCGGACACGAGAUAUCCGGUGUCAUCGCCUCAACUGGGCCCGACUACGUAGGACCCCUCAAAGUGGGCCAAGAGGUUGCCGCCUUCCUCACUGCCGAACGAGGCGAGGGCCAGGCAGAGUACGCUUUAUGCUCUGCCGAUGAGGUUACGUCGAAACCGACGUCGAUUUCGCAUGCCGAGGCGGCGGCACUGCCAAUUCCUCUCCUCACGGCCUGGGAGGCGAUAACAGAUCACGCCAAGAUCACGUCAGGCAUGAAAGUCCUCGUUACUGGCGCAUCUGGUGCUGUUGGCAGCAUCUUCACACAGCUCGCAGCGCAUCUCACUGGGGCAGAAGUAAUUGCUCUAGCUUCGCGCCAGAACCACGAGAGCCUCAAAAGGCUGGGGGCACACAGCGUGCUAGAUUACAACACUGAAGACUGGGAGAAAGCAGCAACGGGCGUGGAUGUGAUUUUCGACACAGUCGGGGGCGACAUUCUGGCGAAAACGUGGGAAGCGAUCAGUGACAGUGGAACAAUUAUCACUGUCGCAGACCCACCGCCACCUUGGGCCUUUGGCAAAGGUCCCGCCGCAGAGUCUGUUGGACGGCCUGGCGUGAAGUACAUCUACUUCGUCGUUUCGCCCAACAGUGAAAGGCUCAGGAAGGCCCUCGAAUUUAUUGACACUGGGGUGGUCAAGGCAUUGAAUAUCAAAACAUUUCCAUUUGAGGAAGCAAGCCAGGCGUGGUCGCAUGCCCAAGGAAGAAACAGAGGAUACAAGGCUGUAAUUGAUCUUAAAGGCGCGGAAAAGUCAUAA